AUGCCCAUACGAGUUGGUUCGGCAACUAAUUGCGUGAAACCCUUAUCUGAAUAUAUCUUCUCAUAUUUGGUAUCACUUUUCUGGAGAUCGAUGUUUAUGUCACCCGUUAUUAUCAACUCUUCAUUUGAAUACUUCUGCAGAAACUCUUCGAAAAAACUGCAAAACCCAUUGUCAGGUCCGGGAGAUAAACCUGUGCUAGUAGGAGCUGUGUCGUUUGGAGUCAAGUGUGGAGACGCACAUCCGCUUGUAUUCACUAAAGUCUCAUAUUUUUUGGAUUGGAUUCACAAGACUUUUGAAGACAUCGUUUAA